AUGGCUUGCUUAGUACACAAUACACGGUAUCGCUCUUUAUUUCAUACUGUUGUUAAUGAACUUCGAAAUGAAAAUCGUACACCGGCAUGUAAAUUACGAAAUAUGCCUCGCCAAUGUUGUACAUGUGAUAACCCUGAUAAUCAAACAUUAAUAAGUGUUCUUAUUGAUGACAAAGAUAAAUUGAUGAAUUUAAAAAACCUUACUGAUCAAAUAGAUCGAGAUAAAAACAACAAUUCCAAACUUGUUUUAUCAUUAAAUCGGUUAGAAAAUUUUAUUAAAGAAAAUCGAAUGUCACAUCUAAAUUUAUUAUCAACAUCAACAGUUGAUGAUGAUAUGAAUAAAAGUGAUGAUGAUUCAACUGUAUUUGAAGAAAAUCAACGAAUGAAUACUGGAAAAUCCAAAUCCAGAAAAGAAACUAAAUCACGAAGACCACUUAAAAAUGGAACAUUCCUAUUUUUACCAUAUAAAUUUGUAGAUAAACCGAAGCUCGAAUCAUUACUCGAAGCUGCAAAAACAUUACAACGUGGUCGAUUUAUAGGUAGAAAUGGUUAUAUUUCAUCAUUAGGAAAACAACGUAAAGUUUGUAUUAUUAUGGUAACACCCGAAACAAGUGAACAAGUUAAAAGAACACUUCAAAAUGCAAAAGCCGGAAUAGGCAAGGUAAAAAUUCAUAAUCAAAAAAAUCUCCUAGACAUAGAAGACGGUGAAUGGAUAUUAGUUCGACAAAAACAAAUGAAAUAUCAAGCCGAUCCAAUUGAUUUUGACGCAUUAUUAGAUAAAUUAAAAAAACGAUGGGAAAGGUUUUUGAAGAUACAAAAGCGUAAAACUGUUGAUAAAGAAUAUCAUGAAGAUGAAGAAUAUCCAAAUAAAAAGUGA